UUGAAGGACAAGCGUACUGCUUGAUUUGUGGGUCACUUGUUUCUGUAUUGGCAGGUAUUUCUAAUAAAUUCAUCAUCGAAUUGUCGACAAUGUCAUCGAAGAUCCAGCUAUUUCGAAAUAUUCUCCGUGAACUUCGACAUGUUCGAAAGAAUCAAAAAGCGCCUUUUGACUAUUCACCAGUAAUGCAAUACGUUAUUUCUGAAUUUAGAAAUAAUCAUUUAACCGAUGCUCAAAAAUGUGCUAGAGAAAAUGAAAGUGUUCAUCUAGCUGAAACAUAUUUAAAUUAUUUGCAGAAUUUACGAAAACAUUCAGAGCUCGUGGAAUUGUAUAAAUCCAAAGAGAAAACAACUGAGGAAGCCGCUAAAAUGGUUGGAUUAGCUCUACCAGAAACAAAUUAUCAUGAAUAAUAAGAAUACUUACAAUAUUUUGCCUAGGAUAUAUUCCAUUGUAUAUUUUCAUUGUUAGAUAUUGUUUCUACCAUGAAUUCAUUAGAUGCUCGAAUAGGCUAAUAAGGCAAUAUCCAUAUACUUUUGUUCAUAUUGUUUUAAAAUUCGAUUUUGAUUUCAAAUAACCAGUGGUUAUCCUAUUUGUCUUCUGUAAAAUAGUUUUUCAAUAGAGGACAUUUACACACAUCAUGAAAAUCAACUGGUUCCUGUUGAUUUCGCUUAGUUUUUUUUACUAACCCUUUCGUUGGAUGUCCCAGAAUCUUAAAUGAGGCAUAAACUGUCACGGUAUCUUGACUCGGCUAUUAUUUAUUACACUAUAAAAAAAUACUGACUAAUCAUUAUCCAUGAACAAAUGUCUUGUCUCUUAACAAAUUUACAUCACUAUUAGUACGGAAUUUCUGGGUAAGAACUCGAUUUAUUUGAGUGAGUUCAAUUAACAGCUUGAGGGAUUUUAGGUAAGUAGGUUUGUAAUAGAUAAACUUUACAUGUAGAAUCUUAAAACAUUCAGAUAUUUUUCUGAGUGUCACGAGUAUGAGCAGUAACCUUGAAAACAUAUGGUAGUAAACUAUGAGUGCUGUUGUUAGAAAAGACGAAUACUUUAUAAUGUAUAAGAAAAUUUUGAGUACUGCAAUUUCGUCUUUGUUUCAGCGUAUCAAUUUGAAGGAUUAGUAUGAGUUUCUGUCGUUAAUUUAUAAUUGAUAAAAUACUUCAUCGUUUAUAUUGUGAACAGUGGUGCAGAGUCGUGUGUAGAUUCCCCAAAGUAUAA